UGCCAUCCCCAACGGAAACCAGGGAUGCCAUACCAGCACACGUUGACUCCCGGACAAAACUUCAUUCGCAUUGUAUAUUUUGAAUUUCAAAGCUUUUAACCAUGUCUUCGGAGCCAGCGGUGGCCAAGGAUGCAGUGCUGAAGCGCAGCGAGGCUCUUGCGAAGGACACACCCCAAGUUCGGGGCUACGACUUCAACGAGGGAGUAAACUAUAGCAAACUGUUCGAGUCCUAUGUAAACACUGGGUUUCAGGCCACGAAUCUCGGCCUGGCCAUACGAGAAAUUAACAGAAUGUUGGAUUGCAGAGACCAGCCACUGGAGGCGGAUCAACAGGAUAGUCAUGAAACCGACGAUUUUAUCCGGCGGAGGAGUAAGUGUACCGUAUUCCUGGGCUACACUUCCAACUUGGUUUCAUCAGGAAUGCGGGAGACUAUUCGCUUCCUGGCCGAACACCGCAUGAUAGACUGCAUUGUGACCACAGCCGGAGGCGUGGAGGAGGAUUUCAUCAAGUGCCUGGCGCCCACGUUCAUGGGUUCCUUUGAGCUGAGUGGAAGGGAUCUCCGCGAGCGGGGAAUAAACAGGAUUGGUAACCUUCUGGUGCCCAACGACAACUACUGCAAGUUCGAGGACUGGGUGAUGCCGCUGCUGGAUGAAAUGCUGGAGGAGCAGAAAUCCCAUGGAACUGUCUGGUCGCCCUCGAAGAUUAUCCAUCGAUUGGGCGAGCGCGUUGGCGAUCCUAGUUCUAUCUACUACUGGGCAGCCAAGAAUCAAAUACCCGUCUUCUGCCCCGCCUUGACAGAUGGCAGCUUGGGCGAUAUGAUGUACUUCCACUCCUUCCGACAGCCUGGACUCGUGGUGGACAUUCUGUCCGAUCUGCGGAGGCUAAACACCAUGGCCGUGAAGGCCGUCAACAGCGGGAUGAUCAUCGUAGGCGGCGGCGUCAUUAAGCAUCACAUCUGCAAUGCGAAUCUGAUGCGAAAUGGUGCCGAUUACUCUGUGUUCAUCAAUACCGCCUCGGAGUUUGAUGGUAGCGAUAGUGGAGCCCGGCCGGAUGAGGCCAUAUCAUGGGGCAAGAUCCGAAAAGAUGCCACUCCCGUCAAAGUCUACGCUGAGGCGAGUUUGGUCUUUCCUUUGAUAGUGGGCGAAACCUUUGCAAAGCGACAUCAUUGCGACGACAAAGAAUUGCCCCGAGAGACUAACCAAGUGUAAAUAUAUACGAGAAAACAAGGACAACACAAUCAA